AGUAGAUCCGCAGUUUGUGGACGUUAGAUUGGGCGUGGCUGGAUGAAAACUCGCGCCGAGCUGCAGUGGCCUCUCUAAAUUACGUAUUCGUCAUAUGCACAAGUAUGUGAAUAAAAAAAUAUAAUUUAAUGGUUUGCUGGAAUUUCAUAAAAGCAAAAAAACCCAACUGAUAACACCAGCUUAUAGACUUCUUGCUGAUGAAUAACGACUUCAUUUUGAAAAGCUGUUCUCAACUGAGAUGACGGUGUCAGCGGCAGCAUGGAUUAUUUUAUUCGGUUUCCUUAUGCUAACCCAAGGAUCGGCCUUACUUCUAGAUGAGAACUGUGGUGUUUCAAAUGCUUAUAAAAAAAGAAUUAUUAAUGGUCCUGAGGUGACACCCCUUUCUAAUCCCUGGAUGGCUGUAGUUGAAACUGCGAAUGACUAUGUUUGUGGUGGAACGCUUAUCAAUCAACGAUUCGUCUUGACGGCUGCUCAUUGUAUGUGCAAAUCAAAUGAUUGCAAAGACAAACACAACGAUCUCUUUGUUCGCUUAGGAGUUCAUAAUCGAACAACGGAUCGGGAAUCUGGUCAUCUACAUGAACGUUUUCGCGUUGUGAAUUCUCACUUACACCCUAAUUUUGAACAUGUCAAUUCGUCAAACGACAUAGCUUUGCUGGAAUUAGAAAGAAAUGUGAUUUACAGUCAUCAAAUUAAACCGAUAUGCGUUCUGUUGGAUGGUCGUCAAAAAAUUAGAACAGAUGAUGUACAACGUUUCACUGCAGCCGGUUGGGGAAAAACAGAGAGUAAAGAUCUAAGUGAUGUACUUAAAAGUGUUCAGAUCAAUAGAAUCGAGAAAAUACGAUGUAUUAGGCACUUUUGGAGGGCUUUAAAUGACGCACAAAUAUGUGGUGGCACUGGAAACUUGGCCGAUACUUGCCAAGGUGAUUCAGGAGGUCCCUUGUAUUCGAAAUCUUUCUACGGCGGCGUAUGGAGAAAUACUCAAUUUGGUAUCAUUAGUUAUGGGUCCGAGCAAUGUGGCGGAUUAGGUGUCUACACCGAUGUAAUGAGCCAUAUUGACUUCAUAAAGCAAAUUGUCUUGAUGUCAGAUAUCAAGGUCCUACUCCCAAAGAUUGAUUUGCUGGAUAGAAGUUGCCUAGACGAUGGAAAAUUACCAACCAGUGAAAGAUCGGGUCCAGAUACAUUCCCAUGGCUUGCUGAGGUUUAUUUUGACUCUUUUCUGCUGUCCUAUGGAGCACUCAUAUCCAACCGUUUUGUGGUGACAACUGCACAGUUUAUACCCGCCAAUAGUUCAUUAAAAGUUAUAUUGGGUGAGGACACCUACAAAGUCAAAACUGUCCAUAUUCACAAUGAUUUCGUGGAUCUUGGGAAGAAUAACAUAGCUUUACUUGAAUUGGAGAGAAAAGUCCAGUACACAGAAUUGAUAAAGCCAAUUUGUUUGCCCUCACCUAAGAACAAAAUUGAGCAGAUUAAGUUCCAAAAGAAGGCGAAAGAUGAGCAGAAUCUCACUGUCGUUGGCAUAUCGAAGGCGAAGCUUAUUCGGCGGAUGGUUUCCAGCGAAUGCUACAACCAGGAUUACCAGGAGAUCGGGGAUGGACAAAUGUGCAUGGAGCAUCCUAAUACAGUAAGCAUAGCCAUGGGCAGUCCCUUGGUCAAGCCGCUUCGUCACGGCAAUAGUAGGGCAUUCACACUCGUCGGCUUGGCCGGUUUUGGUCGUCUCGAGGACCACUCACCAGACGUCUAUACCAAUGUUUUGAGCUAUAUGGAUUGGAUCGGAGCUAUAGUGUAAAAGCCUUUCAUUUCAACAUCAUAAUUUUAUAAAAA